AUGUGUCGAGAAGAUGCCUGCGAAUCGAAGGUGGAGAUCGUGACUCCGUAUUGGGCGUCGAAUAGCGCAGGGGACAUCCGGGCCAUCGUGAACACGCAGCACUUUGAGCAAGCCAUUCACCAAGAAAUCUGCCAGUACGUUCUUCUUUCUCUACCUCUCUGCGCGCUUCAGGAAAAAAGCGUAUGA